ACACACACAUAAACACACACACGCGCACGGCUCAGCUGGAUCUGGAUGCGGGCAUCCUCCUGUGUUCUGCUCUCGGCUCGCACGGGCCCACCCGCACGGGAAAGAAGAAACUUAGCGGGACAGCGAUGGUGCUCGCCUCGGCGGAGGAAUAUGUGGCUGCUGGCCGUGUAGGGGAGCCGGGGACGCGGUCAAUGUGACAUUCGCCCGCACGGUCGCGUUGGGUUUAUUGUUCUGGGUCCUGGGUCCUGUGUGCAGACGCAGCGCAGCGGUCCCCUCUCUCUCCCUGGGAAGAUGUUGAGCCGAUUCAUGAGUGGCAGCAUCAGGAACCUGGAGCGGGAGUACAGCUGCACCGUGAGACUGCUGGACGACACGGAGUACACAUGCACCAUUCAGCGUGACGCAAAGGGACAGUAUCUGUUUGACCUCAUCUGCCACCACCUCAACUUGCUGGAGAAAGACUAUUUUGGCAUCAGAUAUGUGGAUCCGGACAAGCAGCGGCACUGGUUGGAGGUCACAAAAUCAAUUGCAAAGCAAAUGAAAUCUCAGCCUCCGUUCACCAUGUGUCUGAGACUCAAGUUCUACCCUCCUAAUCCCGCUGCUCUGAAGGAGGAGAUCACUCGAUAUCUUGUCUUCCUGCAAAUCAAGAGAGACCUCUACCACGGUCGGCUCCUGUGUAAAACCUCGGAUGCGGCCAUGCUUGCUGCACACAUCCUUCAAGCUGAGAUCGGUAACUACGACCCCGGCAAACAUCCUGAAGGUUACAGCUCCAAAUUCCACUUUUUCCCCAAACACUCAGAGAAGCUGGAGCGCCGGAUCGCAGACAUACACAAGACAGAGCUGAUUGGACAGUCACCUGAAACAUCAGAGCGGAACUUCCUGCAGAAAGCCCAGAUGCUGGAGACAUAUGGUGUUGAUCCGCAUCCGUGCAAGGACGUGUCUGGGAACCCAGCGUUCCUCGCCUUCACGCCGUUUGGUUUUGUGGUGCUUCAGGGAAACAAGCAAGUCCACUUUCUCAAAUGGGACGAGGUGACCAAACUGAAGUUCGAGGGCAAGACGUUCCACAUACAUGCAAAUCAGAAGGAGGAUAAACAGAUCAUCCUGGCAUACUUCGCACCCACUCCGGAGGCAUGCAAGCACCUUUGGAAAUGCGGAGUGGAGCACCAAGCUUUCUACAAGCUUGAGAAGUCCAGUCAGGUUCGGACGGUGUCCAGCAGCAACCUGUUCUUCAAGGGCAGCCGGUUCCGUUACAGUGGACGAGUGGCUAAAGAGGUGAUGGAGCAGAGUGCCAAAAUCAAACGCGAACCUCCAGAAAUACACAGGGCUGGCCUCGUGCCCAGCAGAAGUUGUCCAUCCAUCACCCACGGGCCUCGCCUCACCAGUGUGCCGCGCACGCGUCGGAGAGCUGUGCACAUAUCUAUCAUGGAGGGUCUGGAGUCCUUGCGUGACAGUGCCCACUCCACACCGGUGCGUUCAGUGUCCCACAGUGAAUCGUUCAUGCCGCGCUCCCGGAGCCAGGCCACAAACUCCAGUGACGGCACGGCGGUGAUCUCGGACGAGGCCUACAGCCCCUCCGACAGCGUCCUGCCCACCCCGGUGGCCGAGCACAGCAUGGACCCGGCUGUCUCGCGCCAGGUCAACGGGGCACCCUGCAGCAUCGAAGAGGAGAAGGAGUCAGCGGCGGGCAACGCCAAGCGCGGGGAAGGGGGUGAUUUUGGUGCGCAGGGUAAAUCCGCACAGGAGGGUGCAGGGGGGGACUCGACCCUCAGCGAGGUGGAACAGGUGAAUAAGUUUGUCUUAAGUGUCCUCCGUUUGCUGCUUGUGACCAUUGGACUCCUCUUUGUCUUGCUCCUCCUCCUCAUCAUCCUCACCGAGUCAGACCUUGACGUAGCAUUUUUACGUGACAUCCGCAAGACCCCCGAGUUUGAGCAGUUCCAUUACGAAUAUUUCUGUCCCCUCAGGCGGUGGUUUGCCUGCAAGCUCCGCUGGGUGGGCGGGUUGCUCAUUAACAAGUGAGGGUGAGGUCGUAGCGUUCGUAAGCCCGUUCGGGGGUCUGAGAAGACGGUUAGGACUCCGGAGGGAUGGAGGAGGGCGGCUUCGUCCCAACCAUGAACCCUGCUUCUCCCAUCGUCCUCCUGCAGACAUACAGCUUGGACCACUCCUGCUCACACCAGGCCAGGAACUCUCUCCCCCCUCCUCCACUUUAAGUUACCCCCCUCCUCAACACCCAACCACCACCUACUCGUUUCGCUUCUUUUAUCCGUUUUUUUUUUCUUUCUUUUUUUUCUACAAAGCCAGGGGACAUAUUUUUUUUGCAUUUUUUAAAAAUUUUAUUUCAAGUCAUUUCAGGUAUUUUUAUUUUUUCAAAUAACAUAAAGGAAAAAAAUUAAAAGUGAAACUAAAGAACUGAAGGGUUUUGAACCGUCCUUUUUACAGGAGCUGGAGAUGUUGUCACAAUGGAUGAACGUUGCCUUCAGUUAUUAUUUAUUGCUGUCAAACGUAUAUUUUCAUUAGAAGGAGAAGAGAUGACGAGUUGAUCGAGGAAGUUGUCAUGAAGAGAUGGAAGGGAGUUAGGUUAGAGUCGAUAUACUGCUGUGAUUUAUAUGUGAGGAAGAGUAAUGAUAAAAUCUUCUGAUACUGAUCCAUCCCCAUCAGACAAACAGCAGGAAAAACUAAAUAGGAAUAAUAGUGAAGGUUGGUGAAACAGGGAAGAGUCGGGGUGAUUAUCAAAUGCCUUUUUCGAGAGGAUGUCGAAAACUGUUUUCAGUUUUGAAUUUUGUGGAUUGUUUUAAGACACAAUUACACUUAAGUAUAUUAGCGUGUACAAAGUGAACUGGUAAAGAUCAAAGUUGUUUUUUUUCUAACGUUUUCUAAGGAUAUGGUAAAAAUAAAACCAGUACCAAUAGUGUUAUGUGACGCAGUCGUGUCAGAUGAGGUUAGACAUGUUCAAUGAAGAGCAAAGAUUCACUGGCACCAGUAGAGUAAUAGUCUAGAUAGAUGAUCAAUGCUCAUAUGGUUUAAAUAAUGAAGAACUUUUGAAAUGUCCUCAUUUGUCUUUCUGUUUAUUUCUCCGAUUAAUUUGAUUUGCAUUUUCUCAUCAAGUUGAAAUUCGAUGAAUUUCAAUGAUUUCUUUGUAUGGAGAGUUAAUGAUUUAUUUUGGUUUCAUAUCAACCAUGCUCUUAGGUUUAUGUAUCAUACUAUAUUAUUAUUAUUACUAGAAUAAGAGUAACGAUGUACUUUUUGUACAAAUUAGUUUGUUUCCUAAUAUAUAUUGAAGUUUUCCAUGUAUAUUUUAACAGAACUGAAAUGUUAUUUUGUUAUUGAAGAUUAAAUUAUACUUUUUUUAGCACUGUGUUUCAAGUAAGGUCAAAAGAAUUCAUGGAAAUGAGGAAGGGUUUUUAUCCAGAUCCACUGAUAACAACUCUCAUCCCUCCACCAGCAGUGACCCGGUUUUAAACAUGUAUUUUUACAGUAUAACAUAUGGAGAUAUCAUUAUACCACAUAUGCCAAUAUACCAAAUAAUCCAAAAUCACAUUUUCACUUUUCAUAACAUUAACAUUUCUAAUUGUACGUUAACAGUUUGUAGAGGCGACAUGAGCCUGACCAGUGACACAGAGUCUGCAGCAAAGAGUAAAAACCUCCCACUAAAAUUAAAAAGUUUAGAAUUCAUUAUAAUUCUAAAAUGUAUUUAAAUGUGUAAAACUAGAGCUGAAGCUGAUUAAUUGAUUGAUUGAGCAUUAACUUGCAUUUAUUUUGACUAAUUCACAAUUAUUGUCAUAUUUCAAGCUAAAAUAUCAGUGUAAUAAAAACGUGAGAAUUUAUCUCAUUGGGCUGAAAAUAGCCUGUGGGGUGGACAUUUAAAUGUUUGUUUCCAUGACGUAAUCAAAACAAUUAUUUGAGGAUCUCAAACUUGGCAGAUUCAUUGAUGAAUGAAACUCUAAACAUUUGUUUCUAACUUGUAAGUAACAAGUUAGAGAUUAAGGAAAUAAAUGAGACUAGAAACGUAACAUUUUAAACAUAGUUAAUUUCUUCCCUUGAUUUUUCUAUACCACCAGCAAAAAUAAAAGCAGAUAUCAAUAUAUUUAUAAUAACCUAUCUUAGAAAAUAAUAUCUGCGUUUUGAUUGGUCGGUCAGUUACCGCUCCUGGCUGCUGGAUUCUGGUUAAAAUCUGUUUUUUUGUGUUGCGUGUUUACCUCCUGUACCAAGUGCAGGUUGUUAAGUGUUAGUGUGUUUGUAAGAAGGAAUGGAAGUCGAGGUGACAGCAGUUGACGUCCAGACAGAGAAGAGUAACUAAAAAAGUUAAAUUUCCAUAUUUUGCUAUGAAAGGAGGAGGAAAAGUGGAAAGGCGUGAAAAUGUAAGCGAGGACUGAGGGAAAUGAGACGAUCAGUCUGCUUCUUUGAAAGUGGGAUUGUAAAAAGCGUGUGGUGACUCACCACUCUAAUGGCUGUACAGGGUUGCUUGUCUUGCUUGUUUUUAAGUCUAUUUCAAACCCCACACCCCGACUGCACCAGCACCUGCAGCUGCUGCACUGAGGCAGCCCCGACGGUGCUAUACCUACUUCUGUAUCUGCUCCUGUGUAAUCCGAGCCUGUCAGUCCUCGGCUACAGUCGUAGCCCUGACCACAGAGCAGCCUGCACUUUGGCGUUGUGGCUGGAUCCACUCCACUGGCUCCUUCACAAACCAUUGUUAUCUGCGGUGGAGGGAGCCGGAAACAUCCGACCAUUAGAGCAGAGCUGGAAAGCAACCAGUCAUAUGUAGGAGCUUAUUUAUUACAAAUAAACUUGGAUCCAUUAUAGCAGAUGCAAUGAUAAAGCACAGCUCUCCUAACAAGGAGUGAGUGAGUGUUUUUUUUUUUGUGUACAUUCAUAAUUAAUAUUUAUUACUUCUUUUACUGACAUAAAGGUCAACAUGACUUGGCCGGUGCAGCCAGGCCGAGUUGUUAGCAGGACGUCUUUUAAAGGUCAGUGUGCAGAGGUCAUCCAUCAGGACAGGUUUACACAUCAGCCUUAUGUAGCUUCUCUGAACAUGCAACAGUUUCUAAAGACAAAGGCAGCAUUAUUCAAGGAGCAAUAAUCUGCUGUGAGAGAAAAAAGAUGUGAUGUUAAGUGUUUGAAAAUCCAAUGGUGAAUUAUGUCCUUUUCCUGUGUCUUGAAAACCACUUUUACCAAAUUGCUGUACUCUUAACAACCAUGUGACCACUGAGACACUUAAUUACAGCUGCGUUCAGUCAUGACAUUUUAUAAAAAUCCUUUUUCCCCUUG